AUGGUGGCUAAACAAUUCUACUUGCUGGGUGAGGCAAUCACCUCAGCUCAAGCCAUUGACAUCGAGUCGACAAUUAGCUAUCAAGAUCUCCAGCUGCUGAUCGCGGGUCAAUUCGCCAUUGUCGAGCCAAAUGGCAUUGGCUUUCAAUCCGAAGAUGCCACAUUGUCCACACCCACAGAGAUUCUCGCCAGUGAGGAGCCCAUUGCCAUCUCAAUAGAUGGCAAGGCAGUCAAGGAGAUCCCCGGUCCUAAGGGACUGCCCUUCGUGGGAAACUUCUUCGAGGUCUACCCAGACCAUCUGGGUAACCACCAGCGUCUGUUCGAGCAAUACGGUCCUAUUAUCCAGACGACCAACAUGGGACGAACCGUGUAUCACACCAACGACCCCGAAUUGUCGGCCAUUGUCUUUGCCGAGUCUGAUUUCUUCACAAAGCGGAUCGGCGAGGGCCACCCGCUACACCCCAUCAAGAACCAGGAAGCGGGUGUGUUCUUGGGAGAUACCGAUACCCCCGAAUGGCGGGCAGCACACAAGUUCCUUCCCCCGGCAUUUGGGCCGAAAGCCGUGCGGCACUAUGCCCCAACGAUGCAAGAGACCGUCGAGGAUGCCUUUAGCGUCUUUGAUGAGUUGGACGAGCGUGGCGAGGCCUGGAAUGUCUACCAGUACAUGCUGAAGCUGGGAUCACAGGCUGUGGGCAAGCUGGUUCUGGGCAUGGACUUUAAACAUUUCUCUGCCGUCGAUGCACCACCUCACGAGCUCGUGUACCGUAUCGCUGAGUCGUUGGAGCUGAACAAGAAGGUGACUGCUCGUGGGGACUGGUACGCUAAGCUACCUUUUGGAGACCCCAAGCGUUUGCGAGAUGCUCGCUACCGCAUUAUUGAGAUGGUGAACGAGUCUAUUGAGAAUGCGUCCCGGGGUGGUGUAGAGGAUCUUCCUCUCCAAGAUGCCGCAUUGCAGGCUUCAAACAUGAUCGGUCAGUCGAGCCAUAUCCAACUCUCGUUCGCGGCUAAUUUUUCCACAGAUUAUAUCAUUCGUGCCACCGAUAACAAGGGCGAGAAGCUACCCAAGACCAGUCUGAUGCAAGCGCUUGUGGUGGCCACUGGAGCUGGAUUCACAACCACUAGCUCCCUGCUCUCCUGGCUUCUCUAUUCCAUGGUCAACUAUCCCGGCAUGCAAGAACGACUCCUUCAAGAGCUCGUGGAUCACGACAUUACUGCGGACACUCCCCUCACAGCUGAUCUGACGGAGCGUCUAACCUUCCUCGAUAAGUUCAUCAAGGAAACCCAACGCCGGCACAAUCCCUCGUACCAGCCUGCCCGUACGGCCAAGGUCGCCAUGGUCCUCCCCGGUGGCUACAAACUCCCGGCCGAUUCCAUCGUCAUUCCCGCCCUUCACCACGUCCACAACAACCCUGCGGUCUGGAACAACCCUGCGCGAUUCGACCCGGAUCGCUGGGACACUCAGGAGGUCAAGGACCGCCACAAGAAUGCCUAUAUGCCCUUCGCUGCUGGUCCCAGAAUGUGCAUUGGGUUCAACUUCGCGUUGCAGGAGGUCAAGGUCUUCCUGCCGAAGCUGCUCUUCCGCUAUAAAUUCACCAAGGAGAAUGAUGGGCCGAUUGAUUAUGAUCCCAUGUUCCAGUUGAUCCGUCCGACCAACUUAUAUGUGCGGGCAGAACGACGAGUGAAGUGGCCUCCCAAGUCGGAAGGCGUGCAGCAAUAG